CUUCGGAGACGCCUUCUACUAUGGUCCGGAAAGGCUGGCCACUCGAUUCGCCGAUGACGAAGCCGCCCGUAUCGAGAGUGGCUUCGCUGAUUCGACCUUCAAUACCGUGCUGCAGAGGAUUGAGAAUGAAGCUUCUGAGGUCCGACCCGACUCGUUUUGAUUUCUUGCUUCUUUCCUUGGCCAUUUCUUUUUCAACCUGUCUGUCGAAGGACUGUCAAGACUCUCGCACCCCCUCAACAUGCACUAUGCAUCCAUUGGACUGUGGUCGGAUCUCAUGCACUCAUUCCCCCAAUCCCCGCAAUCCCGUGACCAACCUGUUCAUCUACCGUGCUAGACUUGCCUUGCUUGUUUAUUCUCUUCCUGGCCAGUCACUUACCGAUGGCAGGACAAGCGCAUUUUCAUCAAGGACAUCAUGCACUACCUUCUUCCUCCCGACAGGCUCCCCGCCAGUAUCGCCCCCUCAUUGCAGAGAAUCAAACGCGGCGUCGGGACCAACCCGGUCGCCAACGGCGAUGAUUCCGCCGUGGGGACAGCAAACGGCGGCAGCUGUCCCAACGGCACCCCUGGGGCCGACGGCACCGACGCGGAUCGGCGCAGUCAAGCCCCCACCGACAAAUACACGAAGCCGCUCAAAAUCGCGUCCAAGCAGCCCUACCCAUACGGCACACCUGCCGAACCAGGCAACCCAACAAUCAUGCCCAAGGCCACGCUGGCGCAGUUCCACUUCGCGUUCCUGAUCCGCGACCCGCACUUCAGCGUGCCGUCGUACUACCGCUGCACGAUCCCGCCGCUUGACGACGUCACUGGAUUCUACUACUACGACCCGUCGGAGGCGGGCUACGACGAGCUGCGCCGCAUGUUCGACUUCUUGCGCGCCGAGGGCCAGAUCGGCCCACACGUCGCCACGCGCGAGGACUCCGCGGACGACAUCGUCGACAACCGCCGUCGCGCGGUGGUCUCCAACGGAGUGGGCGGUGGUGGCCGCGCAGGCGACGAGAUUUGCGUCAUCGACGCGGACGACCUACUCGACAAGCCGGCGCCCAUGAUCGAGGCGUUCUGCCGCAGUGUCGGGGUCGAGUACGACCCGGACAUGCUCCAGUGGGACAGCCCUGAAGAGCAUCACUACGUGGGCGAGAAGUUCGAGAAGUGGAGGGGCUUCCACAACGACGCGAUCGAGUCUGGGGGCUUACAGGCGCGGAAACAUCCCCGCCCCGUCAAAACCGAAGAACAGUACGACCAGGACUGGACCGCCAAGUACGGCGCCGACGCAGCCGCGCUUAUCCGCAAGACGGUCGACGCCAACAUGGCCGAUUACCUGUAUCUGAAGCAGUUUGCGAUGAAGGUUUAGCCUCGUAAACUGACGAUACUAUCGUAUCUGCGAUGACUGAUGAAUUGCGAUGAAUCGUUCUUGACUUGUUCUUGAUUCGUUCUCGGCUUGUUCUUGACUCGUUCUUGAAAUUGUUCUUGAAUCCGUUUGAAUCAUUCUUGAUCAUAUAUAUGCGUUCUGUCUACUAGUUCUGUCUUGUUUAUCAUCGUCUGGCUGGCACUAUCUACCUGGUCAGACGUUACGAGUGAUGACAUGUUCGUUUUACUUACGUAUCGUGUGUCUUUGACGGUUGUUUUGGGUUAUGGUUAGGAAUGGGAGACUGUAUCUAUCUAUCUAUUGUUAUUAUCUACUAUCUUUCAUCUACUUUAAG